UGGAGCAAGGCGCGUGGGCGCUGUGUUGGCCGGAGGGUGCGGAGCUGGCAGAAGGUCUGUGAAGAUGUGCUUCCUGUGGACGUCCGUUGUCGGGACGAGCCGGGGCUGCAGUUGUGUGUGAUUGUGUUUGUUGCUUGGGAGAAGUGCUGCCUUAGGAGAGCGGGGGGGAGGGAGAGGGAGAUUUUCGGACUGCCAUCAGUCAGGAGCACGGCACGUUUCUGCCUGCUUUGCUCAUGCUGUUGUGUGGGUCCCCGCGAGGCAUCGGUGAGCCAGGGUGGCGCCGUGUGUGUGUGCCGGCAUUGUGCGCGGCUGUGGAAUGGAGUGAGAGUGAUUGUAAUGAAAAUGCAGCUGGCCGUAUUGAUGGUAGGGAAUGGUUGAAUCCCCAGCCGUGAGGCGCAAGAAGAGGCGCUGGGUGCUAAGGUGGAAAGCGGAGCUGGUGUGUGCCAGGAGGCAGGCGUGGUGAGACCGUCGAGGAGCAGAGUGUGAGUGGCUGCGCCAUUGCGUUGGGCCUCAGGAGAACAGUGUGUGACUGUGUGUGGAGCGUCCUGCGUGGCCGUUGCCAGAAAGCAGCCUCCUGGAGAGCAGCAGAGCAGCAGGCUGUCUGCGCUAUGGCCGCUGAAGUGCAUUUCUCGGCCCCGGAGAUCCCUGAGCCCACGCUGAUGGAGAACGUGCUGCGCUGCGGCCUCUUCUUUGGAGCCGUUUUGCAGCUUGUGUGCGUGUGGGCCAUAACCCUGCCAGUUGCCAAGUGCCCAGAGACAAAAGCAGCCUCCUGGAGAGCAGCAGAGCAGCAGGCUGUCUGCGCUAUGGCCGCUGAAGUGCAUUUCUCGGCCCCGGAGAUCCCUGAGCCCACGCUGAUGGAGAACGUGCUGCGCUGCGGCCUCUUCUUUGGAGCCGUUUUGCAGCUUGUGUGCGUGUGGGCCAUAACCCUGCCACUUGCCAAGUGCCCAGAGACAGACUGGCACAGUCUUGGGACUCGGUCUGGCGAGCCAGUGAAGAAAGCCAAGGCAAGUGCUGCUCUGCUGAGGAAGAAAGCCCAGAAGGAGAGCAGAAAGAACCGAGCAGGGCUUGAGCGAGAAGGCCCACAGGACACUGGGAUCAGCUGCAAUGCUUCCUCGGAGGUGGCACCAAAGGCAGCGCACUGAGUCAGCGUCCGGUUUUGUGGCACGGCCGUGCUUUCCCUGUGACGGACAGUGCAGCGGAGCUGAGGCACCUGGAAGGGAAGGGCUUGUGCUGCAUUCCAAGCAAGGAGGGCUUGCCAGAGGCAGGUCUUCAUCUAUGGCAAGAGAUGGAGAGGCUGUGUUCCUUCAGGCUGCGUCUCUUCAGGGCCAGGGCCGGUCUAGUGUGAGAUUGAAGUACGGCUAGCCGGGCCUGGAGGGAGAGGAGCUGACGUAGCCACAGGGUCAGGCUUCUCCUUGUGUCUGCCUGGAGGCUGAUUGACUCCUUGCUAAGCAGAAACCCUGGGCGCUGGGGUUUCAUUUUGGGCUGUGUUGAUAGAAAUACAAGCCAGAGCCUUUUGUAUUGAAUAAAAGCGAAACCAACUUUUUCCA